AUGGUGUGCCUGUGUUUCAUGGGAGGCUCCUGGAUGACAGCUCUGAUGUUGAUAUUGAUGAUGCUGAGCCCUCCCCUGGCUUGGGCCAGGGACACCUCACCACAUUUCUUAACCAUGUGGAAGUUCGAGUGUCAUUAUCCCAACGGGACGGAGCGGGUGCGAUACCUGGUCAGAUUUUUCUAUAACCGGGAGGAGUUAGCUCGCUUCGACAACGAAGUGGGGGAGUUCCGAGCGGUAUCAGAGCUGGGGCGGCCAGACGCCAAGUACUGGAAUGGGCAGAAGGACUUCAUGGAGCGGAAGCACGCCGAGGUGGACACGGUCUGCAGACACAACUACGGUGUUUUUGACAGCUUCACGGUGCAGCGGCGAGUUGAGCCGACAGUGACCGUGUUUCCCUCGAAGACGCAGCCCCUGCAGCACCACAACCUCCUGGUCUGCUCCGUGAAUGGUUUCUAUCCAGGCCACAUUGAGGUCAAGUGGUUCCGGAACGGCCAGGAGGAGGAGACUGGGGUCGUGUCCACAGGCCUGAUCCGUAAUGGAGACUGGACCUUCCAGACCCUGGUGAUGCUGGAAACAGUUCCUCAGAGUGGAGAGGUCUACACCUGCCACGUGGAGCAUCCAAGUCGCACGAGCCCUAUCACCGUGGAGUGGAGGGCUCAGUCUGAAUCUGCACAGAGCAAGAUGCUGAGUGGAAUCGGGGGCUUUGUUCUGGGUCUGCUCUUCCUGGUGGUGGGGCUGUUCAUCUACUUCCGGAAUCAGAAAGGACACUCUGGACUUCAGCCAACAGGACUCCUGAGCUGA